AAUUGCCAACUAAGUGAGAGGUUUAUAGAGAGAGUGAGCAAGGAAAAGACUCCAAUUUUUAUUAUUAAUCGGCGUCUAGUCAUUGUAUUCAUCUAUUAAGUUUAGAUUUACAAUUUGUAACCAGAAGUAUUUGUGAGCAAAUUAUCGUCAUUUAUUCUUGUUCAUCUCCCAGUUGAUGUCACUAGUUUGAUCAGCCAAAGCUUCACUGUUUUACACUUACAGGUCUUCCUUGGUGUCAGUUAAACGUGUCCUUUGUUAAAUAUGGGAACCAAAUCAAGUCUUCUGAUUGCAAUUGUGAUUGCCUCUAUUUCUGUUUAUAUUUCACUUUACUGGAGGAAAACAGAAUUGCCAAAACAUUAUCGUGAUGAUAAUUAUUUUGGUGUUCAAAAUAUUAAAGAUGGAGCUAAAUUUCCAGAAGAUGACAAGAAAAUUGAAAAGUUCACUGUUAAUAUCGAUGAAUCCGUCCUGAUUGACCUGAAAGCUAGAUUAAAUAGGACUCGAGUUGUUGAUUCAAUUGCCGGAACUAAUUUUGCAUAUGGUACUAACAGUGAAACAUUGAAAAAAGUCAUCGACUAUUGGAUGAACAAGUAUGAUUGGAGGGCUGAGGAAAAAAGGCUCAACAAAUAUGACCAUUUCACCACACAAAUUGAAGGAAUCAAGAUUCACUUCUUACACAUCAAACCUUCAAACCCAGGAUCUAAUAAAGUGCUACCUUUAAUGCUUGUUCAUGGUUGGCCUGGAAGUUUUGUUGAAUUUUAUAAAAUUAUUCCACUUUUAACAACACCCAAGAAUGGAAUUGUUUUUGAACUUGUUAUACCGUCAAUACCUGGGUUUGGCUUUUCCGAAGGUGGUCAUAAACAAGGACUUAACGUCGGUCAUACGGCAAGAAUUUUUGUUAAAUUGAUGAAACGCUUGGGUCAUGAAAAAUUCUAUUACCAUGGAGGUGAUUGGGGUGCAAUUAUUGGUGAUUUAGCUGCAAAAUACUUCCCAGAAAAUAUUUUAGGUUACCAUACAACUUUACUAGGAAUCCCAACUUCACCUUGCAUUUUCAUCAAAACUUUGAUUGGUUACGUUUUUCCAAAUUUCAUUUAUGAAAAUCCUGCCGUUGAAUCAAAAAUGUUAACUCCACUUAUGGAUAAACUCAUUUUUAUUAUCCAAGAAACUGGUUACAUGCAUUUACAUGCAACCAAACCAGAUACGGUUGGGGCUGGAUUGAACGAUAGUCCUGCUGGAUUAGCUUCCUAUAUCUUGGAAAAAUUCUCGACUUGGGUUAAUCCAAGUUAUAUUGAUAAACCUGAAGGUGGCUUAUUUGAAAAAUUCACUAUCGAUGAGCUUUUGACCAAUAUUAUGAUUUAUUGGUCAACUGAGUCAAUCGUUACUAGCCAAAGAUUUUACAGAGAAACUCUGCCUAAGCUUUUUGGUCCUGAAAAUGCUAUUUUGAGGUUGCCGGUUAAAAAAGAGGUUCCUGUUGGUGUUGCUAUGUUUGAGCACGAAAUCUACAGGUUUCCCAAGUUUGUUGCUAAGACUGCUUUUGAAAAUUUAAUACAUUAUGAAACAUUCUCGAAAGGAGGUCAUUUUGCUGCAUUUGAAGAACCAGAGAUUACUGCCAAUGAUAUCAAAAAAUUCGUUGCUAGGUGCAUUGAAGCCGCGAAUAAAGAAGAUAAAGAAGAGAAAUAAAAGAAACAUAUUUAUUUAGGAGAUUUUUCACUGAUCUGUUGCACUAAUUUAAGUUCAAACACCAAGAAUCAUUCCACACUCCGCUUACCAUUCACUGACUUUGUGAUAUUUUUUGAAAUUAUACGUUAUCUUGUAGACGUUAAGGACUCACGAUAUAGAUGAUUGUGUUAUACUCAAAUUUAGUGCAACUUAAUUGAUUGUUAAUUGAUAUUUUCUAGUAAAUAUUUUUUUGUACGUCGUUAUGGGAAUUUUGGAUGUUAGAAGAAAAAGAUUGACGAAUAAAGACAAAAACUUUGAAUGUCAA